CCCACCGCAACGGACUCUCCCUUCAAACGGGAAACAAGAUGGCGGCGGCAGGUCCGAGCACUCGGGCUUCUUCCGCGGCGGCCGCGGCAGCUCUGAGUCGGCGGGGCCGGCGGGGCCGCUGUCACGAGAUGGCGGCAGGGAAAGCCGGGGUUCCGGGCCCGGCCUCUAGCCCCGCGUUGUUAGUGUUGCGGCCAGCGCCACGGCCGGAGGAGUCGGGCUGCACCGGGUGCCUGGAGACUCCGGGGGAAGUGGCGGCCCUGCCGUGCAGCCACUUGCUGUGCCGAGGCUGCGCCUCUCGCGUGGCGGGCCCGGGCUGCCGUCGCUGCCGUCCCCGCGGCUCGGGCUGGGCCCGCCGUCGGGCCCGCGACGACGGCCAGGCCGCCGCGGAGCUGAUGGGCGAGCGCGCCCGUCGUGGACAGCCGGAGCGCUGCCGCCCGCGCCGGGACGGGGGCGCGGCUGCCUCGGGGCCCAGGCCGGAGCCCGAGCCGCUCGCGGAGCCAGAGUUUAUAUUCAGAACACCAAUCAAGUUAAGCAAGCCCGGAGAACUUGGUGAAGACUAUGGAUGCCUGAGAAAGUUAAGAGGAGAGAAGUUACCAGAAGAAAAAGCUUGUGAAGAUCAGAUACACAAGGUACUGCAGGAGGAUUCCGAAAUGGGGAGGAAGAAGACUGAUGAACAGAAGAAAAGGGACGAGCCAGUGGUGGUGAAGACAAGUCUGGAGCAGUGUCCUGCGCGUCUCUCAGAUUCAGAGAAUGAAGAGCCUUCUCGGGGGCCGGCGACACAGACCCAUCGCUCGGCCUUUGUCUCCAAGAGCAGCUCCUACUCCUUAGCUUUCCUGGCAGGGAAGCUGAACACCAAGGUGCAGCGGAGUCAGAGCUGCAGUGACACAGUUCAGGACAGAGUGAGGAGCCGGCUCAGAACAGCACCACCCAACAGAGCCAAGGUACAGAUCACAACUCUAACUCCCGGCUCCACCCCCGUUAUUGGUGUUCUCUUGUCUACUCAGAACAACCGCUGCCUCUCUGCCCCUGACUUAACCAUAGAAAAGCGCCUGCCCUUCAGCUCCCUUUCACCCUUGGCCUCCCUGCAUAAGCCAGAGCGCUCCAUCAGCCCUGAAAGCAACGACAGCAUCUCCGAAGAGCUAAACCACUUCAAGCCCAUCGUCUGCUCCCCUUGCACCCCUCCCAAGAGACUCCCCGAUGGCCGGGUGCUCAGUCCGCUGAUCAUCAAGUCAACACCUCGCAACCUGAACAGAAGCCUGCAGAAGCAGACCUCCUAUGAGGCCAGUCCUCGCAUCCUCAAGAAGUGGGAGCAGAUCUUCCAGGAGCGGCAGAUCAAGAGGACCCUUUCCAAAGCCACGCUCACCUCCCUGGCCCCUGAAGCAGGGGAAGAGUUACCAGGUUCUGAAGUAAUCCAUUCGAGCAAGGAGAGGCCUUCUCUGGCUUUAAGUACAAGGCUGUCCAGGGCCCAGGUGCUCACAGAGUGUGCUGGGCCCACCUCCACUCCCUUUGAAUACUUCCCCUCUGUUAACCAGGCAGAAGCAGAACAGGACUGUGUCAGAAAAAGGAGCCGUGAGGUCCCACUGAGAGCCUGCCAUUCCUCAGAGCACAGAGGAGUAGCCAGUGGGCCUUCUGUGGAAGGGGGGCAGUUUGAGGAGUCAAGGUCCACUGUGGAUACCACAUUAGUCAAACCUUGCAUAAGCACAGUGAUGAAGACUGCAGCAGUUCAUUCGUUGCUACCCCAAAAUGAUGUUUUGGGUGGGGUCCUCAAAACAAAGAAACAACUGAAGACACUCAGUCAUUUUGAUCUGGGUAAUGGCAUUCUGGUCAACAGCCUAGGAGAGGAGCCGAUUCCUUCCCUGCGCAGAGGCCGGAAAAGGCGCUGUAAGACCAAGCACUUGGAACAGAACGGUGUUAAGAAACUGCGACCACCCAGCAGUGACAUGGGCCUGGCUCCCAAGGACCCAGGGCUGCUUGAGGUGGGGCGGAAAUCACAGCAGGAGGAAGAGGACCAGCAGCUGGCUCUGCAGUCACAGCGCACGUUUGACCGUGAGAGGCGGACUAUGAGCCGGCGCAAAGGAAACGUGGACCAGUAUCUCUUGAGGUCCAGCAGCCUGGCUGGGACCAAGUAGCACUUAAUGUACAAAGUAAUGUUACCUACUUUUCAGAGGUCCUUGGCCUCAAUCAUUUAUCCAAAAGAGCUAGCUGAAUGUUCUCACUUUGAGUUUCUUUCAAUGGCAAAACACUGUCUGCUAUGGUUCUGAGAGGAUCCAGGGCCUUGGUGUUUAAAAGCCAGUGUCUGCAUCUUUGGCUUUCUAGGACCAGGGCCAGUCCUGCUCACUCUUUGAGUGAGCCAACUCUGAAGGCUUCUGGGCCCAACUCUGGCAGUGCCCUCUUGGAAUGAGCUUGGGAGCAGCCCUGUUCAUGAACUUGAUGGCCAGUGUUAGAGAUGGCAGGGAGAUGGGUACCCUCUCACACUCUGUCUUACCACAGAGUGGUGUUUUAAGUUAACCUUGCAGAUAAACAUGAACUCUUCAGAGACAAGCAGUGCCAGUCCUUUGGAAGAGCCAAGAUAAAUAGAUGCUCACUUCAUCUUUCCCUCUCUUUGCCAUAGUAAUUUCUACAUACCCACAUCAGUUGAGCUUAGAACUUUUGCCACCACAGAAGUUAAUUUGCAUUCUCUGUUUAUACUAUGACUUUUGAUUGAAGCAGUGUGGUUGACACCUGGUCUUCCUGAGACCUACUUUGUAAGUGUUGUCAGCUUGAUGGUAAAGCCGCGGUAUAGACGGCUAGGUUCUCUUAGCUGCCAAGUGGCCUAGCCCACCCAGACUGACCACUGGCUCUCAUGGCCACAAGUCCCAUGGAUUCUCCAUAAUCACAGGGUGCCCAAAGGAAAUACAACCUAAGGGCAUGCCAGGGCCUCCAGGGAGACUGGCUAGGCACUGAGCCCACAGUGCAAAGCCCACGUAGAGCACUUCACCUUGAUGGGUGGAAAACAGAAUUGCAGUGACCUCGCCUAGCCUGCCUGCAGGCUCCUGUUCUCCCAGGAGCCCUCCCUGGGAGAUGGACUGGGAGGGUUCCUUACUCCUUCCAUGUGCCAGUGGCUAUCUGCAAUUUUUGAUCUAAAAAUCAUGAAAAGAAACUUGCCCUAAAGUCAGGCAAAGGACAAAGCUGAAACUCCAUGCUGUGGAAGCAAGGUCUCCAGCUGGGUGCAGCUGGUAAAUUCAGUCCCAUGGACCUUUGGGCUUUAUUUUUCUCAGCAGCUGACACUGUGUGUCUUUUGCAUCCCUGGUGGUGCUUGGUGCUUCUGCCCUUGUGGGCUCCUUGAGAAUAGGGAUUAGGAUAGGGUUUUAGGGACUCUCAGGUGGGCUGGCCUUUCCUGUGUUUAUAUGAGCUAUUACCAUAGUCCUGUGACUGACAUUUUAACAAACCUUCCAGAGCUUUUAUACCAAUCCUAUGUUGUCCCCUUUAAAAGGUCCCAGCAAGAAACUGCAUAGCUGUUUGGUUACGUUGCCUUUGAUCAGAAUCUCUCAGAGACAUUGGAAGUCUAGAAGUAGCUGGAGCUUAGACUCACCUGUGCCAGGGAGAUGUCAGUCUUUGGGAAUUCUAGAAGAGACAACUUCAGUUUGGAGUUAGCCAGAAACUGGGUGAAGCUUUUGAAGGUGUGAAGAAGGGAGGCGAGUCCCGAGAUGAUGUCUCUUGAAGAAGACACAGUUGAUUUCUCUGCAGCUCAUAGUUGACCCAGGGAUGCUAGCUAUCUGUGGCCAUUAGCAGGGUGGCUUCAGAGGCUGCUCUGGCAGGGCCCGCGUGAGUCUGGAGUGUGGGUGUAUUUGAAACAUGCAAUAGUCUCCUUCCUUUAUACUCACGCUUUACUUCCCAUCCUAGGCACCUUUGAGGGCUCUCAGAGCUGCCGGAAGGCACGCCAGCGUCCCGGGAGGAGAGCUGGCCCUGCCUGGCUGCAGACACCAGGAAAUUCCAUUAGAGAAAACGUAGAAAUGUCUACCAUUCCAUGUGUUUCCUUUAUGAGCUUAGUAAUUAUUGGAAGGCUAGUCUUACUGGGUAGCAUUAAAGACACUUAUUUUUCCACUUGCCACCCUUUUCUAUGUCACUAAUGCGUAGAAAAACACUUUCAGUUGGAAUUAAUUUUUGGUUUUGGUAAGAAGAUAAAAUAUUUUAAUAGAUGAAAGAUAUAUUUUAAAUAUCUCCCUUCCCCUAGUGACCCCCUUGAUUAAGAAUGCGUAGCAAUGGCGACAAGUGUGGGCUCAGGUGCAGUGCUGCUGCUGAGUGAGUGUGCAGACACUGGGCUGUCCCCAUGGACCCCCAGGGACACCCCUCCCCCAGAACUGUAGACAGUGUUCUCUCCCAUACUUCCUGCUGAGAACAGUGGCCCUUGAAAUAGAGGCCGAACAGUUUAUGUUGAGACGGAAUGGCUUACUCUCUAGUUUGCCUACCCUUGAAAAUGGAAAAAACUUCUAAAGUAUCUGCAUACUAGAUGGUCUCAAACUUAGUCAGUGAAACCUGAACACUUCAUUUCUGAAAAUUCCCAUCUUGCUGUUUGACUGAAGUCCAUUGCAACUACAGUGGUUGGCAUGGCUCCCUAAAGAGUGGACAGGGAAGGAGAAGGUUGGGAGGCUGCGGAGCUCGGAGGAAGAUACCACCUCACGAUAGUUUUCCUGAGCCACGGCAGUCCUGCCACCUGCCCGCUGCCCAAAUUCUGCUGUGUGCAUUCUGUUUAUCUUUUUCUUAUUAAAGAGGAAACUAGGAGGGACAGGAGGGUGAGUCUUUCUCAUGGGAAAUCCAAGAGAUGUGCUAUCCCUCAAGAAGGCUUGGUGGCCCUUCUCUAGAGAGACACUAACUCUUGUACCUGUUUGCAGAAGUCAUCUGAAGUCAUCUGGGCCUGGUGUGCUGCUAUCGUCAGGGAGUGCUCUGCCGGCCUCUGGUCUCUGCCCUUAGUGGCCUCUUUAAAAAAAAAAAAAGUCUGGCUGAGGCUUGGCUAGGAAUCGUUCCUAAUUGACUUCAUGUAUUUUAAAAAAUAUUCUUUGAUUAUGGAAGAAGUACUGGUCAUAAAUGGUCUUUUUUUUUUUGAGGUAAAAUGCCCUUCUGAAAUUAAAGCUAUUUAAUUAGUUAUUGUCAGAAUACAAGCUGGCCACUGACUAGAAUGGGAGGUUGAUGAGGGGGGCUGUGUGCAUUCUGAAUGCACACAGUCUUAGGGAGUUCUUGCAUCUCCCACCCUGUGCUGGGCCAUAGUCUAGCCCCUCAUGCUGAGGGCCUUGUGUAGUGUGGUGUGCGUGGAUGUGCUUGACCCAAGAGUGAGUGUAUUCAUGAUCUCUGAAAGGCUGCUCCAUCUCUGGCAAUGCUCUUCAGUGGUCCUGUUCAGGAGAUCUGGCUGAGCAGGUCACCCACAUUUUCCAUACCUUAUCAGUAUUUCUGAGUUUAACUCUGUUUUUUCCAUUUCCUAAGUUAUUUUCCCUUAGGAGAAUGGAUUUUCUCUUGCAGUGAUUAUAGACCAGUUGCCCUGUUCAGAGGCUGCAUUUAGCUCAAAUCCCAAGAAAUGAGGCAAGUCUGGAUCGCCCUGAAGAAACCUGUCAUUCGCUUGCAUGACCUCCUAAUGCAUCCCAAGCUGACCCCUCACCAGACCUGGCGGUGACUUGGGUUUCUUUCUAGCUUGUCAUUGAAGCAGAGAGCCAGUAGGAAAAGGUGGCUGACUCAUCAUCGUGAGGUUAAAUCUCGACUGCCAUCAGCCCUACCUUUAAAUGAAGACCCACAGUUCUGGGUCCCACUGUAGUGUUCUGGGGCCCAAAUAAUUGUGAAAGUUACAUGGUUUGUUAAAGGGAUAUCCAAAUGACAGGUUUUAUGGUCUUUUUCUUCUGUUUUCUUCAGUUAAGAAAUACCUGUAUCCCCAGAAUACAGCCACAAUAUAUAGAGUACUUAGUAGGGGAAACCCCAUAGUGUGAGUUCAGUCAUUGGUGGGAUUUUAGUUGGAGUGGCUGUCAUUUUAAUUACAGCCUUUGCUGUUUCUCUCAAACUUCACAGGGCCCUAACCCUUCCUUAGCCAGACCUUUCCUCACCAGCCAUACAAUACUGUUUAGAUUGAGCCUUUAGGAUGAAUGGAGCUGGUUAUAAAUUCUUAUAACUCAGUAGGAUUUGAGGAGCAGGUUUUGAAGAUGAGGCUGCUGCCCAGAUUUUUUUUUAAGAUAACCCUGAAAUGCCCAUUUCCCAGAUUGUUAUCCACUGUAGCAUUCUGAAGAUUGUUCUGUAGAAGAGACUUGGAGGAACACAGAGGUUACCGGUUUUUAGUAAAAUUGGAUGGAGGAAAAAAAUGCCAUGUCCCCAUGAGGAGACAGCUUUGUGUAUAGGUAGGAUUUCUUCUCAGGGGGGAAAUGCACUCUUGUGUCUCCUAAGUUUGUUGUCAUUAGUGUGGGAACUUAAACCAUACAAGAGCUGACCCUAGACUCUGAGCUCCCUCCCUCUUCUGGAGUCGUGGAUCCAGGAGGAGCUAGACAAGGCCAUGCCUUUAAGGCCAGACUUCCCUACUGCUGCGUGUGAGGCACAGACAGUUCAGCCUUAAGCUGUCAAGCUGGGCCGGGAGCAGCUUCCGCAUGGUUCCAGAUUCCUGCAGCAGAAGCUAGGUUCUCUCUAGCUGCUACCUGCCCUCCAAGCUGAGCCUCAGUGCAGCCCAGCAGCUCCCAGUUUGCUCAUGCAUAACCACCGGCAAAGCGAUCAGACUAUGCAAGAUGGCAAAUAACUAGCCGAAAUGCCAACUAAUGUUUGUUUGUUUGUUUUCACCUGAUACACUGUUUACUCUUAACUGUACAAAUAUAGUUGUCCUAAGAGCCAAGAGGGGAACCUUUCCACCUAGAAAUAGAAAAUGGUUGUCUGUUGGCUUUAGGCUACCUGCUACAGCUCCUUGUGGUCUGGUGAUUGUGAUUUAUUCAACCUGUUUACAUUAGAAUUGGAGAAGGGGCCCUGGAUCUUAGUGCGCUGCCACUGCUGUCUGUGCCCCCUUGACUCCUAAAGAGCCUUUGGAUAGAGGGACUUGGGACAAGGUACGCCCUGUCAGGGAUGCUUUUACUACAAAGGAAUGGUAUGGAAUCAAGUGGAAUGAGUGAUGUAUGAUUAACAGUACCAAAGUGCAUUCUUCAAUGUGUAUGUGCCUGUUCCAGGCGAGGCCCAAGUUGAAAAUGCAGUAAAGCAGACUCAUGAAAGCAAACAGA